AUGGCGUGUCUCUUCUGCGCGGUGAUUCUCCUGCAUUUUUUGACAGCGUCGGCGGAACCGUCGUGCAAAGACACAAGCAGCGACUUCGAGACCUCUUACACCUGCGAGGGAUUCAACAAGCCUGGCGAUUUCGACAACUAUGUCGAGCGUCCGUUCAACAGGAAGGCGCUGACGUUCAUCCUCGAGGACUGCCGCCUGAGUUACCUCCCGUACGGUGCGUUUUUGGGCAUCAACGUCACCCUGCUGGAACUGAUUAACGUGACGCUUAUGACGUCCUUCGACGCAAGCCCUCUGAAGGAAGUCGAGAGGACCCUGGAGAGAAUAGCCUUCAGCUACAACAGCACGCUGCCGGAGUCUUGGGCCGCGCUUCAGAUCGUCCCUAGGCUCAAGACACUCAGCUUCUCAAAAAUGCACCGGCUCAACCUCACUGAAGACUUCAACAACCUGCCGCAAACUGUGCGCGGAAUAAGCAUCGUUUACUCGACCAUUGAGCGCAUCACCGAGCACUGGGUAUCGGAGCUUCGUAAUUUGGAGUACAUAGUUAUAAGGGAUUCGAAGCUUCAGACAUUCUCCAGGUCUAUGCUGCCCAGACCAGCGCCGAGACUGCGAAACAUCGACUUGAACUUCAACGAAAUCAGCGAAAUCCACCCCGACUUUGAUGAGGACCUACCGGCGCUUGUCUUCCUUGACCUCGAAGGCAACCGUAUCACCAGCCUGAAAGAAAGGAGCGUUGGAAGACUUCUUAACGGCUCCAGGACACUCAUCCUUCUGGGACAGAACCCGCUGCACUGCGAUUGCCGCGUGGCUUUCCUGCGGAGCAGCUCGGAGCGCCGGCUCAGGGCCCGCUGCGAGACGCCCGAGGCCGUCAAGGGACGACAGGUCCAGACACUCAGCGAUCAAGACAUGCACUGCCCCCUGGAUGCCUGA